CAAAUUGGUUUACACUAGCUCGUGCAAAAGAUAUUGGAUAUUGGAUAUUGGAUUGCCGGUAUCUCCCUCAACUUUGUCCGUUACAAAAUGCUUUUCCAAAAGUCAUUAACAUGUGACUUUGAUGAUAUUAAGUCUGAAGAGGUUCUUGUCCUUUCUCCUAUUUUGUAUCAGUCUGGUGACUUAAGGCAAUGCGUUUCAGAACUUUCAAUGACACCUGAUCGAUAUCAUAUAAUAAGCAAUCUAAUCAACAUUUUAGAUUCCUUCAGAAGUCUAAGAUUAUCUGUUCUGUGGGAAGAAACAUGCUCUGAAUAUUCACUGUCCUACACGUCUUUUCCCUCGUUAACACUAAAUUACGAGUCACAAAAUGCAUUAGGGAGGUUAAAAACGCUCAUGCUACUCAUCGUUCAUUUAUGCAAGGACAAGCCGGACUCAAAGUGCACGUCAGAAGGCUGUUGUGAACUCAUAGAAACUGAAGCUCUUGAAACUGAGGUUUCUAUCAUAUUGUGCUUCAUAUUUCAUGGACUUUCAAAUUAUCAUUUACUUGGAAAGUUUUUCUGUGGUUAUUUGGCUCAUUGCAAUAAUCCCAAUCACACUAUUUUGAUGAGGCUGGCAGUUAACUUACCCUCUGAUUGGUGGCCUAUAGUUCACGAAUUAUGGAAGCUGGGGAAGUCUAUUACUUCCAAAUCUUGUAAUCAUAGUGGGGACUCGCAAAAUAAAGAAUGGAGUCAGCGACUUCUGGAUUCCGACUCGGAUGUUGGGGCUAAUUUAGACCCAUUUUCAUUGUCAUGUCGUGUUCAAAUGGUUUUAUUUUACCUAGUGAAAUUAAAUCCACGCGAUGCCAUUACAGUGAUCGAGAAUUGUAUUGCUACCCGUCAGUUUCCAGGCUUAGUUCUAGACUUACUUUUCGGGCUGAUCAAUGAGGAUGGUUAUAUCUUAAAUUUUCUGAGAAGGAUUUUGCUAGAUAGUGGACGGGACAUCCGAUUUUGGAUGAGCAGCUUUCUGAAAUUGCCAUCUUCUUCAUGGUACUUGGAUAAGCUAAGUCAUCAUUUUAUAAACGUCACUUCAAGUCUUACACCACGUGAUUCUACAAUUCCUUUGGACGAUAGCAUGAUUCUUACUGCAUUAACAUUACUUCGUGUGUUAGCUGCAUUUCGUGGAUUUGUAAAUUACAAUUUUCCACCAGAACUGUCACAAAAGCUAUUGGUUCUUCUUACACAUCGAACGAUUGUUUCUGAACGUGGUUUACAAUAUAUUAGUUAUUCGCUUGCAUUCAUGAUUGGAUUACGUUCAAGUCUGGCAACAGUAAUACCUUCAGAUACCAACGGUGUUAUGCAUAACAACAGUUGUAUUCCUGUAACUACAACAGAUAUCGAACAUACGAUUGUUGAUUGGCUUCAACGUUUAAUAGAUGAACAAGAUAUUUUCAAUUCAUUAGCUCAGUCGUCAUCAUCAUCGUUAUCUUAUCUGCGUAGUUUUAACCAAUUUCCAAAAACAUCAUCCUACAUUGAACCUUUACUACUUUUAGUCAUUUUAUUUCAUACAAAUCAACCUGGACCAAUCACUGAAUUAAUAUCAAAUUUACUUGGUCUACGUAUUCCAUCGCUUGGACGAACUAUCAAUGGAUGGCGUAAAUUAUUUUUUCAAACUGUUUUUACAGAGAAUAUGAUUGCCAAUCAAGUUGCACGAAUUCCAAUUACGCCAAAAUUAAGUCGACAUCUAGUUGGUCAUUUGCCGACUCAAUGUAUGCUACAACUACUAAAAUCACAUGCAUUUGCCAAAAAUAAACUACAUACUAAAAAAUGGAUUAUUGGACAGAUACGUGAAAGUGUGCGUCCAAUUCAUCCAUUAUUACCGGAAUUAUUAGAAGCCCAUGUUACACAUUCAUUUGGUUCCAUUUCCAACAGUUCAUUGUCAAUGAAUAAUGAUGUUCCUAGUAUCACUCCAACCACUACUAAUACUCCUUCAACAGCUUAUAUUAAUUUAUCAUUAAUUUCUGAACAAGAAUUAAUCAAUGAAUUUACAAAUUCUAAAUCAUCUAGUUUUAUUCAAUUUUAUGCUCCAGGCAUUAAUUUAAAUUCAAAGAUUCAUCAUCAUCAUUUGUAUCAUUCAACUAAAGAACAUGAUUUUACUCCACAAUUAUUAUUUUUAUAUUAUGCAUUAUUUGUUUUUGAUUAUCAAUUCAAUUUACGUUUAUCAGCUAAUCGACAUCGCUUACCUAAUGAACCAUCUUGUGUUUAUUCCAAUAAAUUAUGGGAUAUUAUACCUAUAACAUACCUUUUACAAUAUGCUCGUUCCUAUUUAUCAGAUUAUCGCUCUCUAUAUCCGAAGUUACUACAGUUAGUGACAAAUCAUUUUCCACAAUUAACUAUGGGUGAAAUGAUGAUACAAGAUGAAUUAUUACUCGAUUCAAUAUGGCGAUCUGAGCAUGAACCUAUUCUUGUUCCUUGUAUGAAUAAAGCCGAAAUGAGUUCAUCGUCAUCGUCAUCAGAGAAUAUAACAACUAUUGUUACAUCACGAAUAAUGACAAAUCCAAUGAAUGUUAUUUAUCAACCAUUGAUUUCUCAUCUAUCGUUCAAUGAAGAACAAUUAAAUCAAGCAUUUCAAAAAGUAAUUUCCAAUUUAUCAUUAUCAAUCAAAGAGCCGUCGAUAUGGAACAAUUUGUUUGAAACAUGUCCAUUAUGGAAGGAUCUUAUUUAUAUGAUUAAUCAAUUGAUACAAUCGAUUGAGGUAUUCGGUUUAGAUUGUUUAUUGAAUUUUGGUCCAAUCUUAGCUGAACAAUGUCCAAGAUUAUUAUUACUACAAGGAAAUGAUGGAUUUGUAGGCGUAAAUCGUAAAUUUGUACAUUCGGUAGAAUUAUUAUGGAGACGUUUACAUCUGAUUAUGCCAAGACGAUUGGAAUUAAUCACCAUGAAUGGAAUACGAUCGUCUAAUAAUGAUUCUCUGACAGCGAACACAUCUAUCAUGAAAACAAGUACAAGUACUACAAAUCCCUUUGAUUUAUUCAUUGAAGCUAUUAGUCUCAUCAAUAGUAAACAAAAAAAUUUGUGCAGUUUAGAUUUAUUUACAGAUCCAGUUGAAAAUGUUAUGGGUGAAGUGGAUAGAAAAGUUUUUCGAUGUCCAUCACUCCUUCGUUUAUUUCUACGUAUAUUGGAAUCAAAUUUAUUAGCAUCUAGAUCAUAUUGGGCGCAUAGACUUGUUGAUAGAGUUCAAUCUAUGCGUGGAACAACGUUUCCGAAUUCAACUGGAUAUAAUACUCAGUCAACAUCUGUGCCAACAACAAUGAUGAUGCUUUCUUCAAUAAAUUUAGCCAUUUCAUCAAAUAGUGGAACAUCAUCAUCAAACUCUUCCAUUUCUAGCAUGAAUAUUGAUUUAUUAAAUCAUGAUACAUCGAGUUUAGCUAUAAACUAUUCGAAAUUUGUCGGUUCUUCCAAAUUAACUGUAACUGAUUUAAGUCAACAACAACAGGCUAGCAGCAUAUCUACUUUUACUUUAACGACAUCGUCGACAUCGACUACUACUACUACUGCACCUCUUACAUCAACCAAUACUACUACUUCUAUUUCUAGUACCAUACCAUCUGAACAGAUGUUCAAUGAGUCUAAAGUAAAUAGUUCACCCCAAUCAAUGAUAGCAGUGAAUAAUGAAGAAUAUGAACGCCUGUGUACAAAUAUGUUAUUAACACAAGAUUCAACGAUUAUUCAGUUAUUACUUGAAUACUGUUUACCGACAGAAGAUGAAAAAAAACUUGAAUCAGAAAUUAGUAUUCUUCGUGAAAUACGUAUUAUAGUUUGCACAUUUAUCCAUUCAUUAUUCAUUGCUCAACCGGUACUGGCAGAGAUUAUUGUUUGGCAAACGUAUCCUCGUGCAUUGAUUCCUAUAAGUGCUCAAGCCAUCCCAUCAUUACAUAUCUGUUUAGAUACAGUUAUUGAUGUAUUUCGAAUGAGUGGAGAUUAUUCCAAAAUGGUAUUCUGUUUGGAUUUAGUUUCACAUUUAGCUCAGCAUUAUAAUAUUCAAGCAACGCUAGAUCGUGCUGCUUUUAUGAUUGAUGCAUUAUAUCAUUUUUUGACAGUGGUAGUCAGUGUAGAUGAACGAUCAAAUUUUUUAUAUGAAUGUUUAUCUUCAUUAUUACGUUUGGGUACUGCAUUCCCAAAUUUAGUGCCUAUAAUUGCACGUCUUCUAUUAUCAGUCGGUCUAAUGAUUAGUUGUACACUAUCAGAGGAUUCACAAUCACGUUUGCGUUGUCAAUUUGAAGCUUUAAAAGCAAAUUCAUAUUCAGAAAUUAAUGAAAUCGACAAUCACAUGAUGACAACAUUAACAUUGAGUGAACGUAAUCAAAUUUGUCUCUUACAAACUAUGUCUGUGUUAAAUAGAUUAGUUUUCCAAUGCUCAGCACAACGUCAUCUAUAUUAUUCACCUAGAUUAAUAAACUAAAAUAAAAGAGCCGAACAAUGAUCGUUUGGUAUUUGUUGUUUAAUGAAUUGCUUGUAAUGUACAAAGAAAAACAACGAUAUUUGUUUAAAAUACAUCUCAUCAACACAUAUAAUAAAAAUGC